AUGAAGGCGUCACAGUUGGCCUGGCCGGAGUUCGUUAUUGGUGGCGUAAUGAAAAACCAAUACAGGUUCCCGCACCGGCAAGCUCCCAGCGCCCACUCCCAGCUCCCUCCAAACCCAGCGCCCACUCCCAGCUCCCUCCAAACCCAGCGCCCACUCCCAGCUCCCUCCAAACCCAGCGCCCACUCCCAGCUCCCUCCAAACCCAGCGCCCACUCCCAGCUCCCCUCCAAACCCAGCGCCCACUCCCAGCUCCCCUCCAAACCCAGCGCCCACUCCCAGCUCCCCUCCAAACCCAGCGCCCACUCCCAGCUCCCCUCCAAACCCAGCGCUCACUCCCAGCUCCCCUCCAAACCCAGCGCUCACUCCCAGCUCCCUCCAAACCCAGCGCUCACUCCCAACUACCUCCAAACCCAGCGCCAACUCACAACUCACUCUAAACCCAGCGCCCACUCCCAGCUCUUCCCAGCUCCCUCCAAACCCAGCGCCCACUCCCAGCUCCCUCCAAACCCAGCGCUCACUUCCAGCUCCUUCCAAACCCAGCGCUCACUUCCAGCUCCUUCCAAACCCAGCGCUCACUCCCAGCUCCUUCCAAACCCAGCGCACACUCCCAGCUCCCUCCAAACCCAGCGCCCACUCCCAGCUCUUCCCAGCUCCCUCCAAACCCAGCGCCCACUCCCAGCUCUUCCCAGCUCCCUCCAAACCCAGCGCUCACUCCCAGCUCCUUCCAAACCCAGCGCACACUCCCAGUUCCCUCCAAACCUAG